UCCUUCCAGUCCAGCCGUGGCAGUCGACGUGCCGAGACAUAAGAUCGCUUUCUCUCUACUUUUCCCAGGCCAACUGCAUCGUGUCUCACCCAUCUCAUAGUCACUCUAUCAGGCAGUUUACACAGCACUUGGUCGACUUUUGAGAGGUUUUAGGUGGAGAGAGAUCUUAAGAGGCGGUUGGAGACGAGUAGAGGUCACAGACGGUAAUAUGUCGCUAGUGAAGACGGUGCUUUAUGCCUUGACGGCUGCCAUCGUUGUCGUCAUGGUUUAUGGUCAAGAGAACAGCAUAGUCAUUUCUGACUCUGCUUCCACAGGUCAAGAGAACGAUUUAGUUACCCCUAACUGUCUGGGUUGCCUGUGCGAGGCAUCAACGCAGUGUAACGCCUCGUCGCCCUGCCACACCCCUGCAGGAGGCGGCUAUUACUGUGGCGCCUUCCUUAUCUCCUGGGCUUAUUGGGCUGAUGCUGGUAAGCCCGUUCUGAAAGGUGACAACCCUGAGGCCCAAGGUGCUUUUGAGAACUGUGUCCUGGACCUUCACUGCGCUGCCGUAGCUGUCCGUCAGUACAUGAAAAAGUUUGCUAGAGACUGUAAUGGCGACGGCGUUGUGACCUGCACAGACUUUGUAAGGAUUCACAAGUACGGCCAGACAGGAUGCACCGCCCCCCUUCAGUGGUCCCUUCAAAACUCAAUUCGAAGAAUGUACUGCUCGCCUCAGCCUCUUUUAGACUUGCCAGGAGUAACUGCAGACUGUAAUGGUGAUGGAGAGGUUAACUGUGUUGACUUUGCACACAUGCAUAUGUUGGGUGGGUUUGGCUGUCGAGACUCCGCAAUCCUUUCUUCUGAAUUCUACAAGAGAUUUGAUACCUGUUGGAAAGUGGUUCAAGCGGCCGGUUAGGUGGUGGGGCCUUGUAGUUUAUUGUUCAUUCUUGAUAUCUGUUCAUCACUUUAAACAUGGAGAUCAUAUACGUUAAUAAUUAGAUUGUAACCAUUAAGAAUCAAACGAUGUUGUUUUGGAUGAAGCUGUGACGAACGAAACUUAGAGUGGCUGUUGUCCUGUGUCGCUAAAAUAUAGUUCACAUCACGGUUUCAAGGAGAAUAUAGCCCAUUGAACUGUGGAAAGUAAUCAAAUAUUACACCACACAUAAAAUUACAUACCACACUUUAUGGCAUAACAUUAAAUUUUUAAUGGUGUGGACAGGCAACUCCAUCAAAAGCCUAGUUAAAUGACCUAAAGAUUAUUAUAUGACUAAGACUUGCGUUAUGAGGAAUUUUUCUCAUUU